AUGGAUAGAUUUAUUAAUCGGAAAAGAAAAUAUGACAAUGAUGAGAAUACGGAAAUCAGUGACACUACAUUACCAUCAACUUCUGAGACGUUAAAACAGAGCGGAGGUAAGUGUCGGUAUUACAAUGAAUCAUAUAUGGAUAUAGGUUUUACAUGGUGUGGUCCAAAAGAUGAACCUAUUCCCGAGUGUAUUGUAUGUGGGAAAAUGUUGACCAACGAAUCGAUGGUGCCCAGCAAAUUGAAACGCCAUUUUAUUAAACAACAUUCUCACUUGAAGAAUAAAGACGUUCAUUAUUUCAGAAAACUUCUCAGUGAUCAAAAAAAAGAAGCAACCAAAUUUACAAAAAAGGUCAAAGUGUCCGAGAGGGCUCCCGAAGCAAGUUUUGUUGUUUCACAAAUGAUCGCCAACAACAUGAAAGGGCAUACUAUUGGAGAAAAACUAAUUAAACCCGCUUGUAAGGAAAUGGUGCGAAUAAUGAUUGGAAAUGAAGCGGCUCUUGAAAUCGAUAAGAUACCUAUGUCAAAUGAUACUGUUUCUCGUCGCAUCUGUUGUAUGUCGACAGAUAUUAAAGAGCUUGUUAUAGAAAAGAUGAAAAACUCUCGGUUCACGCUUCAAGUCGAUGACUCAACUAGUAGCGACGGAAAAUGCUACAUGAUAGGAUUCGUUCGUUUUGUCGACGAUAAUGCUAUUAUAAGCCAGUUUUUGUGUCUGAAAGAGUUUAAAAAAAAUACUAGAGGUAAAGACAUUUUCAACACAAUCGAUUAUUUUUUUGAAAAUAAUGGAAUAUCGUGGAGUGACUGUGUUGGAAUUUGCACAGACGGAGCUCCUAGUAUGACUGGGAGUAUCAAGGGAUUUGAUACACUGGCUUAA